AUGUUGAUAAUACUGAGCCUGCGCCGUGAGAGGUUAUAUUUACAUCUAAUUAUAAUUUUACACGAAAAACAUAUAUUGCAGGUAAAAUGCCGCAAUGCGAUGCACGCUAGAGCUCACGCAUAAACUUCGUUUUACAAAACCAUCUAGUUUUAAGUCAGAAACAGUGUGAUAACUCUAUCAUUUCUUAGUGAAAAGUUGUGUGUUCUUUCUUUACUCGAAGAUGGUGUUAUAGCUAUAAUUAGGCCUUCUAUUUAGGUCAUAGCGGUGUUCUGAGCUGGAAGUAACCUGUCCAAGUUAGUUGUAGUUAAGUAUGGCUGUGCAAAAUAAAAUUUUGUAUGCAUUUCGGGGAUGGAUAGCGUUCGUGGCAUUCAUGGAUUUAGGGACCGCAGGCCGGUCUUAUAUUGAAAGGAGGUCGUUUUUGAGCAACAGCGGCGACAGCGAGCAGUUAGACGGAGACUUCACAAUAUCUCGCAUGCUGGGAAUGUACUCUGUACUCAAAGCAUUAGCACUUAUACACUGCACCCUCUACAUACACUACAGACC